AUGGUGAUGGGGGAUCAGUCGGGCCGUCGACACCAGCGCGCGCUCCGCAUCCAGGAACCCGAUCUGGAAGAAAGAAGACCUCUUCUGCCUCGACGGACAACGACAACCGGAACUCAAGAUGGCCACCAAUUUCACUCACUUGACGGCCAAGCAUACACUUGUUGGGACAACCACACCCAACUACCAGUUUACACCAACAUCCAUCGGAUCCGUCGGGAUAUCAUCUCGGUGGUGGAGGACUAUCUGAGCCUGGAUCAACUCCGCGAUGUCCGCAUCAACAUAUCCGUCGUCCGGCCACUGGUGGACAAGUUCUAUGAGCAAGACGACAUCUCGAUAGUCUAUUGCUUGCUGGUCAACCGCGCGCAGUUCCUGAACGAGCAGUCUCAUCUCAACAAUCGGCAAAAUGUCAACUACACACGCGCCAUGCUAUGUGAACUAAUAGCCACCCGUAUCCUCCGGAGAUACAAUGAGCAUUACGAGGGCCCAGAAGGUCUGUUGGUGCUGGCGCAGAUUCUUAUUGCUGGCUUUGAGCCGUUCCAGAAUGCCCCGCCAGAGAUUCGUCAGGAGGUACAUGCCCCGACCGCAUGGCAUAAAACGCUGCCUGCUCUUGAGGUGGCCAUCUUGAGUGAGGCUAAGAUCUUUUUGAGCUCGACAUCAUGCCAGAAAAUUGUGGACGCCAUCUAUGAGGGACGGGUUAUCUACAGUCCUUCCAGUUUCCUGGACCUGAUCCCUGAUCGAUACAAGCAGAAGCCAAUAUCUUUGUAUGACCCUAGGGAUGCGCCUUUGUUGAAUCAGUACCGUCUGAUCGUACCGAGGACGCGGAAUAUCUUGGAAAUCAUCCAGUUCAUCAUCCUUCUGGCGCUCUAUCUUGCAUUCAUGUCCGAAAGAGAGGCAGGUCGUGUAACCACACUGGAAGUCUGCUUCACGGUGUAUGCCUUCGGCUGGGUACUCGAUCAGUUUGCAACAAUCCUUGAACAUGGCUGGCAUGUGUACACUCAAAAUUUGUGGUCGUUCCUCGAUGUCACGUUCGCUUCCAUCUACUGGGUCUACCUUAUCCUGCGUGUAUACGGAUGGCAAACUCAUGACCAGGAGCUAGGACAACAAGCUCUUGACGUGCUGGCUAUGGGCGCACCGGUGCUUAUUCCUCGCUUGGCGUUCAAUUUGCUCUCCGACAACAUUCUUUUCCUGUCCCUUCGGUCCAUGAUGGCCGACUUUUCUCUACUUACUGUGCUAGCUGGCUGGUGUUUCUUCGGAUUCCUGUUGUCCCUUGUUUGGCUUGGAAACCAUCAGUUCUCUUGGGUGACAAUCAGUAAAUGGAUGAUUUACAUUUGGUUCGGGCUCGAUGGAUCGGGCAUCCACCAUUCGAUCGACUUCCACAAAUAUCUAGGACCAGCCCUAAUGGUCAUGUUCGCCUUCCUCGGCAACACACUAUUCCUCACUAUCCUUGUGUCGAUGCUUUCAAACACCUUCAGCACCAUCGUCAGCAACGCAACCGCCGAAAUCCAGUUCCGCCAUGCCGUGCUGACCCUUGAAGGAGUCAAAGGCGACGCCAUAUUCGCUUACCAACCCCCCUUCAACAUACUCGCCGUCUUCGUCCUCAUCCCCCUCAAAUGGUUCGUUACCCCGCGCUGGUUCCACAAAAUUCACGUCGCGAGCGUGCGAUUCCUUAAUCUUCCUCUCCUGCUCGUGAUCGCCCUGGUCGAGCGUCGCGUUCUACCCCCUAUCACCUCGCCAGCAGAAACACCAGCAGAGAGGCCAUCAGUCAACUCAUGCUCCUCUUCCACCUCCUCCUCGAACCCCCGACGUACCAAAGGCAAAGGCGUGCGCUUCUGGAACAAGUGGCGCAUCACCGUGCACAGCGACAUAGAGACCGUUUUCGAAGUCCCGCCACCGGAUUCCGUGCUUGAGCAAAUCGCCGCCGACGACUACCUCACGAAACAUUUGAUCCGACGACAGUUCGUUCGUGGAAACACGGUGGAAGCACUUCCCAAGCCACUGGCCAAAGACACAAACACGAACAAGAAACAGCCACCUAGUCGUCGCGACAGCAUCGCCCCGUUCCCAGGCCUGAGGGCGGAGUUGCAGGGCGUGUUGAGCGAGAGUGACGAGAUGAGCGCUAUCACCGCGAGGCUGGAGGCUUUGGAGCAGAGUACGAGGAGGAUAGAGCUCAUGCUAAGGAAACUUACGGGCGGGUUGGACGAUGAUAAGGAUGACACGGCUAUUGACGAUACAGAGAGCCCGAUUCAUGAUGAGGAGGAGGAAGGGGAGGAGGGGGCGGUGUCGCAGGCUACUACUAUGUGA